UCAAUAUGGCGAAGAUUCAUAAUAGCGAGUGUAUAGAGUAAUUUAAUUAAAAUAUUUACUAACAAGCAUGUGAUAGUGAAAUAUAAAUAGAGGAAAAACGAAAAAAAUAAUCCGUCAUAUAAUAUUGUUAGUAAAUACAGUUGUCUCACGUUAUUUAUCUUAAGUAUAAUAAAAACAACGGAUUUCAUAUCAUCUGACAAUAAUAAAGAGCGACAAAAUGCAAAAGGAGAAAAGUAAUUACUGUAUGGGGCCGCGCAUUGCGUCAUUAGCAGCCAGGAAAACCUCGCUGUGAUGUUAUGAGGACAAUUGUUUUAUGGCCAGGUCAUAUGAAUCACAAGGUUAGAGGUUCAUUAGCUAGGAGAAUGCGUUCUGAGUAGUGUCGGCGAGCGCGCCGUUUCGAUAACGGAGGAGUAUUGUUGACUUGUCUGAUAGGAAUCCGGUAGUGAGUAAUCGAUGAAAUGAUCGAGAGUGUGUCGCGUCGCGCGUUCAGUAGUUCAAGUGGUACAUACAACGUGCGCGCAUCAGAACUGGCGCGAGAACGCAAGCUAAACAUAUUUAAUGUCACCGUACAACUUUUGGACGAAACCCAGCAAUCGUUUCAAAUCGAGAAAAAAGCAAAAGGCAGUGUACUACUAGAAUUAGUUUUCCAACAUUUGGAAUUAGUUGAAAAAGAUUACUUUGGACUGCAGUUUACGGAAAAUGGAUCUCCACCGAGUGCCACAAAUAGUGAAAUAACGCGUUGGCUAGACAGUGGCAAAUCAGUGAAGAAGCAAGUCGGUGUUAAUGCACAGUUCUGGCUUGCUGUCCGAUUCUAUCCUCCGGAGCCGAGCCGUUUGUCCGAGGAAUUUACCAGAUAUCUCCUUUGUCUACAAGUCCGGAAAUUAUUACUGGAUGGUAGGAUGACAGCGCCCAAAAAUACAGCAUUGCUACUAGCUUCAUUUACUGUACAAGCUGAAUUAGGCGAUUAUAAUGCCAAUGAGCACAACAACGGGUAUCUAUCUUCGUUUCGUUUGUUGAACCGUCAAUGCGCGGAAGACGAGCGCCGGAUACGGGAACUGCACAAGUUGCACCGUGGACAAUCUCCCGCAGAUGCUGAGGCUAACUUCCUAGAACAUGCUAAGCGAUUGGACUGCUAUGGUGUGGAAUCACAUCCAGCUAAGGAUUACAAUGGAAAGGACAUAUUUAUUGGCGUGACGUCAAUCGGUAUCGUCGUGUUCCAGAACACGAUACGCGUCAACACGUUCUCUUGGAGCAAGAUUGUUAAGAUCUCAUUCAAGAAGAAACAGUUCUUCAUACAACUUAAACGGGAACCCUCGGAGUCUUACGACACGGUGUUAGGGUUCAACAUGCAGUCGAGUCGCGCCGCGAAGGCGCUGUGGCGCUGCAGCGUGGAGCGGCACGGCUUCUUCCGCCUGCGCGCGCCGCGCCGCCGCCCGCUGCUGGCCGCGCUGGCCCGCGCCGCGCCCGCGCCGCCGCGCCGCACCGAGGCGCAGGCGCUGGAGGACGCGCGCCGCUCGCGCUCCACCAAUAGGAGCUUUGUCAGGGGCAGUAGUUCCCGUACCCGGGAGCGUUCUGGCGGCGCGUGCGGGCCGUCCCCCGCGGCGGGCCCCCGCGGCGCGCGCGUCGCACACCACGAGCCCCCGCCCAAGCCCGCCUGGGGCGACUCGCCGGAUGAACAAAGCGGUGGUGACAUACUAGAGAGCGUGUUACGUGUCCCCUUAUCAUACGCGGACGAGUCAGAGUCUUCGUGCGGGGGCGGCGAGGGGGAGGGGGAGGGCGAGGGGGAGGCUGAGGACGGGGACGCGGAGGGCGCAGUGUGCGUGCGGCUGGCGGCGGGGGCGGACGGCCGCUUCGGGUUCAACGUGCGCGGGGGAGGGGGCGCCCCCGUGCUCGUGUCUAGAGUCGCCCCCCGCACUAGGGCUAUGCUGCAAGAAGGUGAUCAGGUGAUGUCAAUAAACGACAAAGACGUCGACGAGAUGACGCACGACGAAGUUGUACAGAUGAUAAGAAAUACCAAAGGAGUAUUGACAUUGAUUGUUAAACCUAAUGCGGUGUAUUCAGCGGAUGAAACUCUAGGUAGUGAAGAGCCAGAGGCAUGUUUUGUGCCGCUGGGGGGCGUUGGGGGCGGCAUAGGGGGAGGAGGGCGGGGGGUGGAGCAGUCCCUGCUGCUGCUGGGCGACGGACUUGCAUCAGGCGCUGCGCUACGCCAGUACGAGGCACUGGCACGACGACUGGAAUACCCCGCAACCGCCGCCAAGAGACAGUGCAACCUCGCUAAGAAUAGAUACAGGGAUAUUGCGCCUUAUGAUUCUACGCGUGUAAUACUUAAGAACGGACAGACGGGAGAUUACAUUAAUGCUUCGUAUAUUAAUAUGGAAAUACCAAACUCGGAUAAUGUUCUCACUUACAUCGCUACACAAGGUCCUUUAGCAUCGACUGUUGGCGACUUCUGGCAGAUGGUGUGGGAGAGCGAGAGCAGCGUGGUGGUGAUGCUGACCGUGGUGGCGGAGCGCGGCCGCGCCAAGUGCCACCAGUACUGGCCGCCCCCCGCAACGCCCGCCGCCCCGCCCACCGCCCCGCCCCCUACCUCGCCAUCCGCCCCGCCCUCCACCCCUAUCCCCUCCCCGCUUGUCACCCACCGCCUUACAGUGCGUACGCGCAGUGAACAACAUAUGGGACAUUAUAUCAGGAGGGAAAUCACUAUAGAGGAGUGCGAGGGCGGGAGCCGCGCCGUGACGCAGCUGCAGUACACGGCGUGGCCCGACCACGGCGUGCCGGAGGACGCCGCCGCCUUCCUCGCCUUCACGCAGCUCUGCGCGCAGCUGCGCAACAGGCACGCCGUGGUACCGAGUUCCGAUGAGACGUGGUCGGAGCGCGUGCUGGCGCCGCCGCUGAUCGUACACUGUUCCGCUGGCGUGGGGCGCACUGGCGCGCUCAUCCUGGCGGAGACGGCGCUGCAGCUGCUGGCCACGCAGCAGCCACUCUACCCGCUGGACCUGGUGCGCGCCAUGAGGGCGCAGCGCCCAAUGUGCAUACAGAAUGCUAGUCAAUAUAAAUUCGUGUGUGAGAGUAUUCUCGCCGCGUACGCGCAAGGACUCGCCAAACCCGAAGAGCCGACCAACUGAUGCUUGUUGCCGCAGGUGUGCUGCAACUUUAAUAUAAUGUGGUGUUCAUAGUUUUAGUGAUAAUUAUAUAUCUGCAUCCCUUUUACUAUCUUUGACGAAGUGACGUCACAGGAUUCGAAUUUAGAAUGUACGUGCAGAAUUUAUUGUGAAUCAAAUUGAGCUUUAUGAUAUUGAGUUAAGGUUUAAUUUCAAUUAGCAUGUUUGUAUCAAAAGUAAAAGGAAAAUUAAACCUUAUGACUAUGGAUAAGAGCUCAAUUUUGUUUGCAAUAAAAUUAUAGUUUUGGUCAAAGAUGGGAUUAAUGUAACUGCAGUGAUUUUAAAGUUCAUUUUUGUAUGUAUUUGUAUGGAUUAUUUUUUACCUUGCCAGUCAAUCUCAAGUAGUUAAGAUUAUGUAUGGAGUUUUAGUGUUGGGGUUUAACAUAUCUUGUUAAUAUAUUUCAAUGGAAAUGGGACUUUGUUUCUUUUGUUUUAUACAUAUUUUAAACGCUCGAUAUAAAACAAAAAUAUUUAGUUUCAAUUUUCUCACUAAUUUGUGUACCAAUUAAAAUGUACUUUCUCGCUCUCUCGUAUACGUUUGUCUCUUUCUAGUAACGAAUGUGCUAACUUCGUACUUCUACAAUCGUUAAAUUGUCUCUGUGUUUAGAAAAAUCUACAGUAAGGGUCUCCCUUAGUGACCAAUUAAUGAUUAGACAGCAGGCAACGAUUUGUGAGUGAAUUUAGAUAGAAACAAUGUAAUGAUUUUAAUAUACAGUAAUAGUAUAGCAUAAGUAACUUCGAUCAAGAAAUUUGCCAUAAGUUAAGUUUAAUUAAGGAUGUGUGAAUAUAACUUAAGUGUAACUUAACGCAGUAGUUUUUUUAUGUUGUUCGCAUCUUGAACUUGUAUCUAAAUACCUGUAGAUUAUCAUACUUAUCUCUUCGAAAACAUAAAAACUUGUUUUUCUUAAAAGAAUUUAGGUAAUGGAAACCCACGGUUAUUUUUUCAAUAUUUUGUUGAGUUUAUUUCGUUAAAUCUAUAACUCAUUUAGUUUUUGGAAAUCUUAGAUAAUGUUUGUAAAAUAUCUUAAUUUUCUCUUUUCGAAAUGUUUUUUCUUUGUUAAUAUUUUGUUUGAAA